CUUAUCAAUCAUUUACGGUAGAUAAGAAUUUUUGGUUAGCAAGGACACACAUCAUCUUCUGAACUAUUUAGGCAUUAAUGCAAGCACCCAAAGCGAAUUGUUGGAGAGCGCGAGAAACAAUGCUAAGGCCCUCCUUUCAGUCAACCAAACAGAAGGUUUGCUUUGCUAUCUGCGUACUAUAUGCGAAAUCAAUAUAUUCACUUUACGACAAUACACUUCUGAUUCUGAAACAUUUACUCUAUGUAUCAAAUCACUGCUGUUGCUAUAGGAGUUAUGUUGUGUAUAAUGAUAAUAUCAGCACUGAUCGUAAUAUGUAUGCUCACUCGUCGUCAGCUCUUUCAUUUCGAAUAUACAUAUCCCUGAUCUUAUAUGUAUAACAUUUUUGUGUGAUACGUCGGGUCCAACUACUUCACCGGCUUUCGCAUUUAUCGUUGCUGCAAUAUAUAUCGACUUGUUUGACAUUUUCUAUAAUAUACAACAGGCUCGCAGAUAAACCGGGCUCCACAAUGUAAAUAGAAGGAGGUUGCUACAUACGAGCACAAAAAUUUAGGACACGGCAUCUUGUUGGCGAACUGCAGAAUGUACAGUAUAAAGCUCCAAGUUUUGAUUGAUACCAAUGAUGGCCGCAGG